GCUGCGUGCACUGGCAGAGGACUGCACUGGAAUUUGGCGACAGCCCCGGGUGGGCACCCCCCACGUGACUGCGCGCCAGCUGGCUGGCAACAUUUCUAGUAGCGCGUCGUGUGUGCCAGCUCCAAAAGUUCAAAGCUUCAACCUGCAAACACACCCCUCCGCACCAUCCUCCCUCCCCCGCCAUCGCCAUCGCGCACCCGCGCACCCCGACUGCAGCCAUGGCCUCGCGCUCGCGCUCGCGUGAUCAACCCGAGCAAUCACCCGGCCGUGACCGCUAUCGGUCUCGCACGCGCAGCCGCUCCCGCUCGCCCGCGCCUCGCUCCGGCGACUCGCGCUCUCCCGGCCCCCCCCGCCGCCGCUACGAUUCGCGUUCCCCUUCGCGUUCCCGCUCGCGUUCCCGCCGCAACGAUCGUUUCCGCAGCGAGAGCCGUGGCCGCAGCUGGAGCCGUCCCCGCGGCAGGGACAGUCGUGAUCGCAGCCCGUCGCCUCGCCCGGACGGUACCAAAAUUGUGGUCGAGCGUCUCUCCAAGAACAUUCAUGAGGGUCACCUUCGCGAGAUCUUUGGCCGCUAUGGCCCCAUUCUCGAUCUCGACCUGCCCAUGAACCGCACCUACAACACGAACCGCGGCACCGCGUACAUUUUGUACAAGCAUCAAGUAGAUGCUGAGGUUGCCAUUGCGCGCAUGCACGAGGGCGAAAUUGACGGCUCCAUGAUCAGUGUUUCCAUCGUUCUGCCUCGCGGCAUGAUGGCGGUCGAUCCGCCUCCUGCCUCACGUGGCGGUAACAUGGGCUUCCGCGAUCGCCGCGGCUCGUAUGGCCACCCCCCGGCCGGUGGCUAUGGCAACGGUCGUCGUCCCUCUCCCGGUUACUCUGGCCCACGAGCCAACGCCAACCGCGACCCCGAGCCUCGUGGCCCGCGCAACGGCAGCCGCUAUCGCAGCCGCUCGUACGGCUCGUACUCGUCUCGAUCGCCGUCCCGGUCGGCUCACCGUGGUGGUGGUGGUGGUGGUGGUGGUGGUGAUCGCUACGACGACGGCUACCGGCGCCGCAGCCCUAGCCGCAGCCCGGCCCAGCAAAGCCACGCGAGUUAUGAUCGCCCUGGCCCCCCAACUGGCCCCCGCCGCGAUUACCGCUGAUGGUCUUGAGCUUUGACUCAACUACUCAUCUGCCAAGAUGACGACUGUUCCCCAAUGAGGGAAUGUGUACGAUGUGCGACGAUACCACGAGAACGACAGGGCAUGAAUCGAAAGGGCGACAGGCGAUACUGGGUACGUGAGAGUUGGAACAUGAUCAUGCGGUCACUUUUCGGCGGCAUCUUUGGUGUCUUUGGACUCUACCCUGCAGUUGAUGUACUAUUCAACCAACCUCACCGUGGAUACCUGUAUAUUGGCCGACGGUCAGGAAGAGCAGCCGUGUGCCACCAGCCUUGAUAGGAACCCUUUCGAU